CAACUGAGAUUUUAUUUUUAAUUUUGCAUAAAAUGCUACGCACCAACGCUCAGAAUAUUCAGCAGCUAGAUCUAACUUGAAGCCUACAAAAAGAAGCUCGACGUCCGUAAACAUCCUUCUAUUUUUCUUCCUUGUUUCCUAACUAAAUUAUAAAUAAGAUAAUUAACAAAUGAUUUUCUCCUCUCCUCUUCACCUCUUCUCUCAGCAUUUAGAUCUAUCAAAUUCAAUUCUCAGAUCUCUCUAGGGUUUUAUCUUCCCACUUGAACAACUUCACUCUUUAAUGGUUUUCCGACCUUGAUUAUGGAUUUGCAGCCUUCCCAAUUGGGAAGGUCUACGGUUGAUUCCCCUACCUCUACCUCCAGCUCCACCUCUGCUGUUAGUUUCCGUAUCAAUUCCUCCUUGUCUAAAUCUAUCUCCGAUGCUAGCGUUCAGAGUCUCUCUUCAAUACUCAAUAAUCCUCACGUCGGCAAAUCCGGUGUCUACGGCUCUGAUGCAUCCUGGGUCGGCUGGUGGUCCUCCUCCACUGCGGUCGCUCCGCCAGAGUUCGCCCCGUUGAUUCCCAAUAAGGCAUCCUCAGACUUGUCGAGAUCCGAUUUCCAAAGCUAUUUAUCCUCCAUUGCUGAGCCCUAUCACCGAUUUGAGGACGUUAGGAAUCACACCAGCAAAGAGGAGAACUUGGACUUAGAGAGCAUCGGCGGCCAAGGCGAGGCACUUGUAGCAUGCUUGCGAGAGGUACCUGCAUUGUAUUUCAAAGAAGAUUUCGCUUUAGAAGAUGGACCCACGUUCCGCGCUGCUUGCCCCUUCUCCAACGUGUCGGAGAAUGUAGUGCUGCAAGAGAAGUUGUCGCAGUAUUUGGACGUGGUGGAAUUGCACUUGGUGAAGGAGAUUGCGUUGCGAUCCAAUUCUUUUUUCGAGGCGCAGGGGCAGUUGCAGGAUCUCAAUGUUAAGAUACUGGGAGGAUGUAGUCGUCUUCGGGAGUUGAAGGAGACUAUAAGGCUUUUGGAUAAGGAUCUUGUGGAGUCCGCAAGGCAUAUUCAGGAGUUAAAUGCUACCAGGAGUAAUUUGUUGGCUCUGCAGCAAAAAUUGAGGGUUAUAUUAUAUGUUAACCAAGCUCUUUCAGCUCUCAAAUUGCUUGUUGCAUCUGCAGAUUGUGCUGGAGCUUUGGAUGUUACUGAUGAUUUACAGCAUCUAUUGGAUGGAGAUGAGCUGACUGGUCUCCAUUGCUUUCGUCACCUUCGUGAUCAUGUGGGGGCUUCAAUAGAUUCCAUAAAUAGCAUUCUUUCAGCGGAAUUUAUGCGUGCUGCAAUACAUGAUGCUGGGGAUGCAGAUGUGGUUAUUUUAUCUAAAGCUAAAGCCAGGGCUUCCAUUUCCACUAAUGGAAAAGAUGAUGAAGUUAAGCUAGAUGAAGAAGAGACCUCUAAUUUUCGUGAUCGACUCCUCCCUCUCAUUGUGGGGUUGCUUAGAACAGUAAGUAUAAUGCAUACUUAUUAUUGGCCAUACAUUGUUCAUCUUCAUACAUUGUUGCACUGAAGUUGAAAAUUUUCACUUCAAUAUUUAAACUAGGAGCUGGGGCCAUGCACUGCAUGGAUUCGACUGACUUCCUUGAAACAUGCGUUUUGUUAUUGUCAAGUAUGGUAAUCUCUGCAUAAUGGUGACAGUCAUGUUUCUGUAGUUGGACUUCUUUUAAUGACAUUCUGACUGUUGUUUAUAGGUUCUUAAAAUCGAAUAUUUUUAUGGUCAUGUUUCUGUUUUUGACCUGCCCUGGAUGUGGGAAAACUGGGAGAUAUACAAGCUAAAGCAAAUUUACGUUGGCAUCUCAAAUUGUAAAUUGUAAUUUGGUUACUCUUUUUAGGAAUUCUAAACUGUGAGCAGUAAAUGUUGAGUCAAGAAAAUUCUCUGGGACGAAAGGUUGAGCACACUGAAGUGGUUGGAGAUAAGAAAGGGAGGAGCAGAUCUAAGAUGACAUGAGGAGAAAUAGUGAGAAAGGACUUAAGAGAACUAUAGAUAUUUCGGAAUAUGUUGUCCUAAGCUGGGUGGAAUAUCGAUCCAUAUGGCCAACCUUAACUGGUUUGGGCUUGUGUAAGGCUGAGCAGAGUACCAUGUUGAGCCAAACAAAUAUUGUAAUUCAAGAUCUUGUUAAAUUGUAUGAAACCUCCCAGAAUAAUUUGAUUAUUCAUCAUAGCAAAAGUGGAUUGAUUUUCAUGCAUGAAUGUUGUUUCUAUGUGCAUAUGUGAGAGUGCAUUGGGCAUGUCUAAGUGUACUAUUAACUAGAGAAAUCCAUUUUGGUAU